AUGCCUACUAGUCCCAUCCUCUCAGCUCAGCCCAGGAACGCAUCAACGACCAAUCCUUCAACUCCGAAGCCAUCUCGUCCUUCAGCUCAUCUAGGAAUCUCGUCGCAAAACCCCUGCCGCCAUUUCAAACAUGAUGCCGACUCAAUACCAUGCGCGGCUCCACGCGCUCACCGAUGUUCAGCAUCGUCUCUCUCCGACCCAGCUGGCUUCCCCUGCAACAGGAAGGCCCUGGAUAGGUUUCACGGCCCAAGAUUAGCGUGUCACCAAGGAGUAGCACUACAUUGUCCGCUUCUUGUACCUGCGGAAAAGCCAAGCCGCGAAAUCUCGGUAGCCUCGGACGGGGCAAGUCCUUCCUUCUCCUUCUCCUCUGUAGCUCAGCUGGCGAAAGUGAUAUUGCCAUACCGCAAGAUGCGAGUAUUGAACAUGUACACAAAGCCAUCAUUGGCGUUUUCUGAAGAUGUUGAAGGUGAGAUAUCAAGAGUUGGGUAA